GACAAUUUAUAACAUAGAAAUAUAACUAUUGACAUUUUGUCUAUGAUUUUAUAUAUAUUAUUGAUACAUUUUUCGUGUAGAUUGUUUUUUACAUUCUGAUUAUAAAAACUUGUAUUAAUGACAAAAGUGAUUUAAUUAGUGUUUACUGCUACUACGAAACAUGGAUCGAAAUAUACCAGGCAAAGAUCAUCAUUCGUAUAUACAGAAGAUGCAGUAUAUGUCCAUUAAUAACCAAGAUGCGGUAAACGUUCGGGGAGGAACUAAAACGGAGCCGGUAAUUACGAAACCUGUAGGAGCAAUAGAAAGUUUUACCAGGGAUUCGAGAGAGCAACUCAACGAUUACGCCAUGUACGAGAGAAAUAACAUAAUAGCAAGUUCAAAGUACGCCACUCCUAAACGUGUCGAAACGAUAGCAAGUCAAAGAAUUUACGAAGAAGACGAUGUGUAUGUACAAUGUGCGAAACCACAAGUACCCCCAAAUUCAAGUCCAAUGCAUUUAUUAUUAUCAGGAAGUCCUAGGACAAAUGCAGUUUACGAAAAUGUUGAGUAUAAAAAAGGUGCUGAAAUGCCUUAUUACAGUAGGAAUACAAAUCCGGUUAACUAUAGAAAAGCUCAACCUCAAGUUCCGAGUGGAAAUAAGAAUAAUAUUGAAAUGGAUGGUCCACCAGUUUAUGAGAAUUUGCAUAUGUCUCAUAAAAGUUCGGGAGCCAUGCCAGGACCGCAAGUUCCCCCCAGUGCUCCGCCACCUUAUAACCAUCAAUACUCGUCUCAACCGGUGUAUACUCCAAUGCAAGCUCCUGUUUUAAAUAAGGCCCAACCGCAGUCUCCGUACAGUCAUUACAACACAUCCCCAUCUAAGAGUUUAACACAGGAACAAUUGGAUGAAUUAAACAGCAGCGAUUACGUUUGUAUGACCGGUAAUGUAGCUCACGCCACUUUAAAUACAAACACCCCCUUUCAAACUACCUCUGCAAAAAGCUACGAUAGAACCGUAGCUACAGGGAUAGCCCAGACUCCAACUAAAACGUUACCUCCAAAAGAGAUUAAAAAACCGGCGCCUUUACCACAAAAAAUUGAAAAGAGACCAUCACCAGCACCUAGUCCUACUCCGAGCACUUUCAGUAACCCCGGAGGCCGGUUGAAAAUGUCUGGAAAGAAUUUACUGCCUUAUAGUGUGACGCCCCCGAAACCCAGGGGGCCUACAGAGGCCGAAAAGAAAAUUGAAGAAAUGACAAGGCAAAUCGAGGAGGAAAUGGAAAAAAACGAAGAGGAAGGUGAAUAUUUCGGAAUUUGUCAUACGUGCGGAGAUAAAGUGACGGGCGCUGGGCAGGCUUGUCAGGCAAUGGGUAACCUCUACCAUACAAACUGUUUUAUUUGCUGUUCUUGUGGGCGAGCUUUGAGAGGUAAAGCUUUCUAUAACGUCCACGGAAGGGUGUACUGCGAAGAAGAUUACCUAGUAAGCCCUACUCCAAAUGAUUAUUCGGGGUUCCAGCAAACCGCGGAAAAAUGCGCGAUUUGCGGUCAUUUGAUUAUGGAAAUGAUUCUCCAAGCCAUGGGUAAAUCCUAUCAUCCGGGGUGUUUCAGAUGUUGCGUUUGUAACGAAUGUUUAGACGGAGUCCCGUUCACUGUCGACGUCGAUAAUAAGAUAUAUUGCGUCAACGAUUACCACAGAAUGUUCGCCCCGAAGUGCGCGGCUUGCGGUAAAGGUAUUACCCCCGUGGAGGGUACGGAAGAGACCGUCCGAGUGGUAUCUAUGGAUAAGGAUUUCCACGUGGAUUGCUACGUUUGCGAAGAAUGCGGUAUGCAGUUGACCGACGAACCGGAUAAGAGAUGUUAUCCUUUGCAGGAUAGAUUGAUGUGUCGGAAUUGUCAUAUACAGAGGUUGCAGCAUAUGCCGACUCAAAUGCAUCCUGUUUCUGCUACUUAUCAAUACACAGGUUGAAUUAACUUUGGGGAUAAUUUUCCAACAUGUAUUUGUGUUGUGCGUUAGAAUCAUUUUGGCAAAUCUUGAGUUUCGAUGAUCGAAAAAUGUGUUAUUGGAAACUAUGGUAUCAAAAUUUUCUCUAUUAUUCACCAUCUUCUUCGUUUAACGCCGUCGUUUCUUCUAGAUAUUGUUUCGGGUCCUUUGUUGAGUUUCACUUUGGUUUUUCCUUUUCACAUUUUUUGUAGCUUCCACCGUCGAUUUAGGUGAUUAAAGUCAAUAUUGAAGUCACGGAUUAAUAACAAUCGUAGAUUGUAUCGUUUUAGCUCAAUAAAUUUUUUUCUUUAAUUUCAAAUCGUUUUUCACAAAUUUUCACCUUUUUCCCCAUAAUCAUCCAUCGCCAUUUUGUUAAAUAAAGUCUAUAAUAAACUAACACAGACUGAUUAUAAAAUAUUAUGUCUUUUAGACAUUGUUUUGUUUCAAUUUAGUUAUCAGAUCAAAACCAGAUGCACUUUUUUUUAAUUUAAAACAGUUUUUCACUCAUUUUCACCUUUUUUUCAUUUUUAUCCAGCUCAUUUUCAUGAUUGAAAUCAGUAUUUAAGUCACAGAGAAUUGUUAUCAUCUAUUGUAUCUUUUAGGUAUUAUUUUAGGUUGUUUUUAUCAAUGCCCGACCCUUUUGUUUGAUUUCACCCAUUUUCACUAUUUUUGUCAUCAUUUCACAUAUAAUUUCACUCUUUUUCACCUAUUUUGUAGUUCUAACCAGCUCAUCUGGAUGGUUACGAUCAAUAUUUAAGUCCCAGAGAACUGUUUUCAUAUUUUGAGUCUUGCGGAUGUUGUAUUAGAUUAAUUUCAUCCACCACAAGGGGCUCUUCUUCAAUUUCCUCUAGUUUUUCACCCAUUUUUACUAUUUUUGUAGCUUCCACCUACUCUUGUAGAUGAUUGAAGUCAAAAUUGAAUCACAUUGUGUCUUGUAGGCACCAUUUUAUAUUGUUCACACGUUUUUGUUUAAUUUCAUCCCGUUUUCUACUCAUUUUCACCUUUUUUCAAUAAUCAUCCAGUUCAUUUUCAUGAUUCAAGUCCAUAUUAUAGUAACAAAGAACUGUUUUCUUAUACUGUAUCUUCUAGGUCGAUUUUAUAAAUGUCGGACUCUCUUUUUUGAUUUCACCCAUUUUCACUAGUUUUGUAGCUUCCACAUGCUCUUGUAGAUGAUUGAAGACAAAAUUGAAGAAUCUUAUAUUGUGUCUCAUAGGCAUCAUUUCAUAUCUAGGCGCCCAUUUUUAAUUUCCACGCGUUUUCACCCAUUUUCACUAUUUUUGUGGCUUUAUUCUGCUCAUUUGGAUGGUGGAGAUCAAUAAUAAAACUCGCAGAGAACUGUUUUCAUAAUUUGUAUCUUCUAGGCACUGCUUCAAGUCAAUUUUAUCAAAGACAGGCGCUUUUCUUCAGUUUCCUUUCGGUUUUCACUGCUUUUGUCGUUUUAACCUUAUUAUUUGAAUGAACAUUGAAGACACGGGGACUCGUUAUCAUAUAUUGUUUCUUUUAGGUAUUGUUUUAGAUCGAUUUUACAAAAGUCAGACGCACUUGUUUAAUUCCACCUUUGUUUUCACUCUUUUUCACCUUUUGAGUAGCUUUUACUUGCUCGUCGGGAUGAUUUAAGGGACUAUUUGAGUCAAUAUAUUGUGUCUUGUAGACAUUGUUUUGAACUGAUUUUGUAAUCAGAUCCUCCUUUUUUCAGUUUUACCUCGUUUUUCACUCAUUUUCAACUUUUUUUUUUCACUUUAAUCAACGCAAUUUAAUGCUUUAUGUUCAUAUUGAAGUUACAAUUAAUUGUAAUUCUUCUAAGUAUUAUUUUGGGUGGAUUUAUCAAAGAGAGGUACUCUUCUUCUAUUUCAUAUAGUUUUUCACUAAUUUUCACCCUUUUUUCAUCUUUUUCACUAAUUUUUACCAUUUUUUCAUGUUUCUCCACCCAUUUUGAUUAUUAAAAUCAGUAAUAGACUCACACAUGCUGAUAAUCGUAUAUUGUGUCUUCUAGACAUUGUUUUGAACUGAUUUUGUAAUCAGAUCAAAUCCAGAUGCUCCUUUUUCCAGUUUUACCUUGGUUUUCACCCAUUUUUACCUUUUUUUAGCUUCAAUUCAGUAAUUCUGAUAAAAUAGAUCCUUAUUGAAGUUACAAAUAAUCUUAAUCAUAUAGCAUAUUUUACAAACAUUGUUUUGUAUUAAUUCUAUAAUCACAUCGCUCUGCUUUUCAAUUUCACAUACUUUUUCAUUAAUUUUCAACCAGCUUAUUUCGAUAAAUAAGGUCUGAAUUAUAAUGAAUCGUUAAUAUCCAUUAAACAUAAAAUCGAUUUUUUAACUCUUUUCAAGUUAAAAAUAUAUAAAAAUAUAAACUUUACAGACCAUAGUUUGUCUAUUCCAUUAGCUAUAAAAAACAUGCAAAGUUAAAACUAACACUAAAACAUGAAAUUCAUACACAAUCCUAUUAACAACAAUAAAUCUUAACACAACUGAAAAACGAUGCCACACGGCUGCCAACGUUUCAAAUUUUAUUUCUUCUGUUACACGAACGAUCAUUUCUAAUACAGUUCAGAUAUUCAUAGAAAUUUUACUACUAUUUAACUUCACAGAGCUCUUCUUUUUUAAUAUAUUCCUACAUGACAGCUACAUGUCUGGUAACUCUGCUAUAUGUCGUUAGAGAAAAGGUCAAUAGAGAAGAAGAAGAAGAAUGUCUGGUAACUUAACCGUGCUUUCAAGGAUGUAAAGAAAACAUUUUCUUUUUAUUUAUCUAAAUAUGAUAGUUUUCAUAUUAAGGGGAAGCAUUCUGGUGCAUAACUUUUAUUGAAAAAUACGAGUUUUACUUUUACUAUUAAAUUUUUUUACACUUUUACUGUUAGAUUCGUUCAAACAUUCCAAAUAUUUGAAUUUUUAUUAAAAAUAAUACAGGGUUUGCCAUAAAUGCAUGUAAAAUUGUAUCAAAUUAAAAAAAAAAUUCAAAUGCAUCGAGUAUCCUAUAGGAUAAUUUUAAACAUGUGAUAAUGUUUAUUUUAAAUACUAUUUGUUUAUAUAUGUACUGAGUAGGUGUAUUUAGUAACAUUCCCUUUAUAUUCCUUUUUUUUUCUUUUAUAAUCUUUGUAUGGAGGUCAAUUCCAAUAAAAACACAAUAUAUCGAACAUAA